AUGGCGCUCAAGCAGAAGGGGAGCGCCGCCGCCGCCGCCGCUGACGGCAACAAGCGCCGCCGCGUGGGCUUCGCCGGCAUCGAUGCUGGAACUGAGGCAAAUGAUUGCAUGCAAGUGUUUAUCGCAAGAAAUUCUGAUGAUGUGGGCUCAGAAGACAGCAUUUCUCUAGAGCCAUUUGACCUAAAUCAUUUCUUUGGUGAAGAUGGCAAGAUAUAUGGCUACACAGAUCUCAAGAUCAACGUGUGGAUAAGUGCUAUAUCAUUGCAUGCGUAUGCUGAGAUUUCGUUCAAGGAAACAUCUGACGGAGGGAAAGGAAUCACAGAUCUAAAACCUGUCCUUCAGAACAUUUUUGGGGAAAACCUAGUAGAAAAGGAUGAACUUCUGGAAACAUUCUCAAAGGAAUGUGACUAUAUAAGUGAUGUUGUGAAGAAUGGUACCCCUAUUAAACAUUAUGCCUCGGACGAAGAUGAUUUGGCAGUUGAGAUUGUUCGAGUUGAACUCCAAGGUGCUGCUGCAUUUCUUUAUUCCCGUCUGAUAUCACUUGUUCUGCUUCUGGUUGAAGGUUCCACACCUAUAGAUAUCACAGAACAUGGAUGGGAAAUGCUCCUUGUAGUGAAGAAGGCAGCACUGGAGUCAUCUGCUUCAAAAUAUCAGUUACUAGGCUUUGCAGCCUUCCAUCAUUUUUAUCGUUACCCUGAGAGCACGCGCUUGCGUAUAAGUCAGAUACUGGUCUUGCCACCUUAUCAGGGUGAAGGCUACGGGCGUUGUCUUCUCGAGUCCAUCAAUUCCAUCGCAGAAUCUGAGAACAUAUAUGAUGUAACCAUAGAAGACCCUUCUGAUUAUCUGCAGUAUGUACGUUCGUCCAUCGACUGUCUCCGUCUUCUCACCUUUGAGCCAAUCAAGCCUGCUCUUGGUGACAUGAUCUUGUCCCUGGAGGGGACCAACCUGUCAAAAAGGACCGGCAGUUUGACAAUGGCUCCACCGACUGACCUGGCUGAGACUGUACGACUGAAGCUGAAGAUCAACAAGAAGCAGUUCCUGCGGUGCUGGGAGAUCCUGAUCUAUGUACACCUUGAUUCCGAGGACCGCAAGUGCAUUGACAACUUCAGGGCCUGCAUCUACGACCGCACCAAGGGCGAGUUGCUUGGUGGUGCCUCUGGAACCAACGGGAAGCGGCUUGUCCAAAUGGCAACUAGUUUUGAUGAGGAAUCAUCAUUUGCUGUGUACUGGACAAAGGAGGGUGCAGACUCAGAUGAUCAGACGGUCGAGCAGCAGCCAGAAGAUCUCAAGACUCAGGAGGAGCAGCUGAAUGAGCUGGUGGAAAACCAGAUUGAUGAGAUCGUUGAGGUCGCCAAGAACGUUAGAUCACGUGGCAAGGAUAAGUUGACGGCUUGAUCGUGUGAGCUAGGUUCUUCGCUUGGUGAAAGAUCAUCUGUAGCUCGAGGAUAGAUAGUGGAAAAAAUGUUAACGGGAGGUUAUUUCGAUGUGGAGAAUUGUGUCAUUCAGACUUUUUGACCAGAAUGUUAUAUUAUUAUGCUUCUGCUUCAACUUUGUAAGAAUGCGGUGACA